AUGGAUGGCUUCGAAAUUGCGUCUGAGCUUUUACAAGCUUCACAUCAUCUUCCUGUGCUAGGUACAGGUAGCCCGUCAGGGUCAGAUAUAAUCUCGGGAAAUUACAUGUUAGGGUAUAGCGCCGACGACGCCAAUUUGUCUCAAUUUGAGCAGCUCGAGGGCCUUCUAGGCUCGCCGACUGUGGCCAACCAUGUGGACUUUGGUAAAGAGACGGCCGACCUCGCCUUUCUCGACGAUUCAGGGGGUAUCUUAUCGUCGGUUGAGCUGGCUGGGAUGGUGUCGCCCCCCUUGGAUGCGGUAGUUCCAAUGCCUGGAAUCACGAGGGCAUCCAGAUCACGCCCAGCAUUCAGUACUCCGGCAUCGAGGCCAGGGCUGUCGUCGGCGAAAUCGCCUUCGCUAGGAGCAACGAGCCCUGGAUCGAUGGACCGCAGCGAGGAAGUGAAGCAGUUGCGCAAGAAGUACCAUGAGAAAUACAAGGAACGCAACCGGUUGGCUGCGGGCCGAUCGCGGCAGAAGCAGGCAGACCUGAUCAAUUUGCUCCAAGCGGAGCAGCAGGAGGAAGAGCGGCGACGCAAGGCCCUGGAACUGGAAAUCGCGAACAUGCAGAAGGAACUGGUGGAUAUGAAGCAAGAGUUGCAGCAUCACAUACGCAUCUCUAACUGCUGA